AUGUCGCAGUUGCAUGUUGUCGACCGAGUCAGAGCGAAGCUGAAGGAGAAGGAGGAGGAGAGCAAUGGAGAAAAGAGAACAACGAAAUCGCUCGAGCGAUCGCUUGCCGUUGCAAGGAAGUCACGAGACAACGAGAUGCUACUCACCUGCUACUACGAGCUUGCUCUUCAUCAUGAGCUUCUGGGGGAAGCGAACCCUGUACAAACUUACCUUGAGUCAGCUAUGGAACUGAUAGAGCAGCUGAGGGGAGGAAAAGAGAAGGUCACUUUGGAGGAUUCUGCUCCUCUGGUUCGCAUCUGGGAGCAGAGGGGGAGGAUGGACAAGGUCAAGCAGCACUGGCAGAGCAUCUACUCUGCGAUGGAGAAGGCGUACGGAUACAAUGACAUCCGGCUCCUCCCUGUGGCUGAAAGGAUGCUGGAGGCGUCGCUCAGGACGGGGAAUGCUGAUUCGGCCAACAUAGAGCAGCAGGUGGUUCAGAGGAUCAGAGAGUCGCACACCCCCGCUGAGAUGUUGUGGCCCCAUCCUCCCUUGGGGGAGAAGCGGCACGUGAAGAACAUCAAGCAUCUCAAGACUAAUGUGGAGCUUGCGCGGUACUUCCUGAUCAGAAGGAGCUACAAGGAUGCGAUGAAUCAGCUGCAAGUAGUGCUGGACUGGAGAGAGGAGCUAAGACAGAUGGGCAAGGACUGGAGGAGACGCGAUGCUCACCUGCUGGAUCGGAUCGAGAGCAUGGAGCUGGUCGCUCAGGCUGUGUUCCAUCAGGGGGAAGCCUUCGCUGCGAUGAAUCGGACGACGACGGCAGAGAGGAGGAUGUUGGAGGGGCUCGCUCACUGGGAGGAGCUGAUGGAGUUGGAGACAUCCUCUGGCAUUCCCGCCACCUGCUCGCACCGAGAACUGCUCUCCCUCCAUACCCACGAGGUCGGCUCCACCUACAAGGUCUACAUCACCUGGCUGCUCAAGUUGGGCAGGAACGUUGAGGCUCUAGAGGCGUUGGGCAAGUGUAUCUCCCACCUGCAGCGCCCCCCCCUCCGCGCCUUCUCCCCCCAGUACUCGAGGGCGAUUCGCGACCGAGCUCAGAUCCAGCUGGAGUGUAACCACAUCUCGGAGGGUCUGGAAGACCUCAUGGAGUACGGGGAGCUGAGCUCCAAGAUCUACGGGGCCAAGUCGACACAGGUGGCGCUGAGCUACUGCGAGCAGGCGAGGUCGAUCAACUUCGUGACCAACCCGACGCAGCAGGAGUGGGACGCGGCUCUCCUGCUGGCUCAGCAGGGGCUCAAGAUGCUGGAGCAGCUGGUCGGGCUGGACUCUCCCCAGCUCGUCCCGGCACUUCGGGUGUAUGGCUGCCUGCUGGUGAGGUUGGGGCGGAUGCAGGAGGCGAUCUUGCUGCUGGAGAGGUACGACAGGAUCACGGAGAGGUUCCCAGGGAGCGAGAAGAGGAUCGCUGACCGGGUCUUCACGCUCGAGAGCCUGGCGGAGGCGUACACCAACAUCGAGCCCAAGGAGACGAGCAAGGCCAGCAAGGCCCUCGAAGCUUGCAUCAAGCUCAUGCUCCACCUCGAGAUGGAAGGACGCCCAGACGUCACCAGCAUGAGCCGCCUCAAGGUCAGCCUGGACAAGGUUCGCUCGCGCUUCUCCCUCCCCGUCGAGGCUCGGUACCUCCACCCUCGCCUGCGCUUCUGCUGCAACCAGAAGUGCGGGAGGCAGGAGACUCGGCCGGAUCAGUACCACAGGACCAAGUCGAGAGGCGUACUACGCUUCUGCUCCGACGAGUGCCUGGCUGAGUUCAACAAGUACUCUGCUUCCAACAACUGGCUCGGCCUUGACAGCGCCUGCCCUGCGGGGCCCCUGACCGACCUCCUCCUCCUCCGCUGCCUCAUGUUCCUCCAUGAGCGCCCCUACUGGUUUCGCCUCGCCAUGGUGAGCAGCCGCCUGUGGAACCUCGUCUCCCACCAUCGCUCCUCCAUCCGCUUCCCCGAGAUGGUCAAGCGACUGCCGUUGGACCCCAGGAGAGGAUCCCCCAUGGAGCCCUCGACCAUUGCCAGCCUCCUUGGGCGAUCACCUCGCCUCCUCCACCUGGACUUUAGUGACUGCACGGUGGUGGACGACAAGGUCUGCUUCCACAUCGGCGAGGCCUGCCCAGAGCUGCUGACCCUCUCCCUGAGGGGCUCGAGCCACGUCACUGACAUCGGGGUCGAGGACUUGGCCAACUGCAAGAAGCUGGAGAGGUUAGACCUGAGCUUCUGCGAGUUCGUAACGGACGAAGGCGUCCUGUCCAUCGCCCGGUCCCUCGGAAGGCUCGAGCUGCUCUCGCUCUCGCACUGCCACGAGAUUAGUGAGGAGGGAAUCAUCGCCAUCGCCAAGGGGCAGCUGGUGUACCUUGACAUCUCCUACUGCAAGCGCAUCACAGACCGGGGGCUCAAGGCCAUCUUGCGGUUCUGCUCGAGUUUGCGGCACCUUGACCUGCGGGGGGUGAACAACCUGACCACAGCUGAACUGCGUCGAGUAGAUCGACAGGUGGAGACGGUGCUGGGGCUGCCAUGGAAGGAGCCGGUGGCAGCAGACCUCUUAUCAACGGUGGAGACUCCACGAUUUCGGAUGGAAUAG